AUGAACCACAAAAGCCAAGCCCCAGACUCUGAGGAGACAUGCGACAUUACACCGGAUCGUCCACUCACAGGCAAAGAAGCCGAGGAAGACUAUCAGAAGCAGCUUGAUGUGCUCGCGAAGCAAAACACAGAAUACGAAAAAGCGCAGAAGAAGUCCGCAAGCUCAUCGACAAAGACUGCUGGGCAUUGCAAUUAG